GAUCGAGUCCGAGAGGAAGCGGGGAGUUUGGUGAGGGUUUUGUUGAGACUGUCGAGAUGGCGCCUAGUACGAUCCGGAAGGCGAUCGGGGCGGUGAAGGACCAGACGAGUAUUGGAAUUGCGAAGGUUGCGAGUAAUACGGCGCCGGACCUUGAGGUGGCGAUCGUGAAGGCCACUAGCCAUGACGAUGAUCCGGCCAGUGAGAAGUACAUCCGGGAGAUUUUGAGCCUGACAUCGUAUUCUCGUGGCUACGUGAGUGCGUGUGUGGUGGCGGUUUCGAAGCGUCUGGCCAAGACGAGGGAUUGGAUCGUGGCGCUCAAGGCACUCAUACUUGUGCAUAGGUUGUUGAAUGAAGGGGACCCGGUGUUUCAGGAGGAGAUCUUGUAUGCCACUAGAAGGGGUACGAGGCUGUUGAAUAUGUCUGACUUUAAGGAUGAAGCUCAUUCGAGCUCGUGGGAUCACUCGGCUUUUAUUCGAACUUAUGCAUUUUACUUGGAUCAACGGUUGGAAUUGGUGUUGUUUGAAAAGAAAGGUGGUAGUGCAAAGGGAAAUUCCCGUGGGGAUGAUAGAUUUGAUGGAAGAGAUGACUUUAGAUCUCCGCCCCCGAGGCCCUAUGAUAACGGUUAUGGUGAGUAUAGGAGCGAGAGAGAGUACGGAAACUAUGGUGGGAUGAGGAGGUCGAGAUCUUUUGGUGACGUAGGAGAAUCAAUGGAGAGGGAGGGGCAGGGGCGUAACAAGGGGCCUGUGACCCCAUUGAGGGAAAUGUCAAUCGAGAGAAUUUUCGGUAAGAUGGGACAUUUGCAGAGAUUGUUGGAUAGAUUCUUGUCGUGUCGACCGACGGGGUUGGCGAAGAGUAGUAGGAUGAUUUUGUAUGCUUUGUAUCCCCUAGUGAGGGAGAGUUUUCAGUUGUAUGCAGAUAUUUGCGAGGUUUUGGCUGUUUUGCUUGACAAAUUCUUUGAUAUGGAGUAUUCUGACUGUAUGAAGGCAUUUGAUGCAUAUGGUAGUGCAGCCAAGCAGAUUGAUGAGCUAAUUGCAUUCUAUAAUUGGUGUAAAGACACCGGAGUUGCUAGAUCCUCUGAGUAUCCAGAGGUGCAGAGAAUUACCAGCAAGUUACUAGAGACAUUGGAGGAAUUUCUGAGGGAAAGAGGGAAGGCGCCAAAGAGCCCCGAGAGGGAGCCACCUCCGCCCGCUCCUCAAGAGGAAGAACCAGUGCCUGAUAUGAAUGAAAUAAAGGCUCUUCCCCCACCUGAAAAUUAUACUCCACCUCCGCCCGAACCGGAGCCCCAGCCUGCACCUAUACCUCAACCACAAGUCACGGAAGACUUGGUGAAUCUGAGAGAUGAUGCAGUUAGUGCAGAUGCUCAAGGUAACAAGCUGGCACUGGCUCUGUUUGCUGGCCCAGCAGCUAAUGGGGCAAAUGGAUCCUGGGAAGCUUUCCCUUCUGAUGGACAGCCAGAAGUAACCUCUGCCUGGCAGACCCCGGCUGCUGAACCUGGCAAAGCCGAUUGGGAGUUGGCGUUGGUUGAGACAGCCAGCAAUUUAUCGAGGCAGAAGGCAGCGCUUGGCGGUGGACUCGACCCAUUGUUGCUAAAUGGCAUGUAUGAUCAAGGAAUGGUCAGGCAGCACACUAGCACUGCACAGCUGAGCGGUGGAAGCGCUAGCAGUGUAGCAUUACCAGGCCCUGGAAACAGCAAAACUCCUGUACUGGCUCUUCCAGCUCCCGAUGGAACCGUCCAGGCUGUGAACCAGGAUCCUUUCGCUGCAUCAUUAAGCGUUCCACCACCUUCAUACGUGCAAAUGGUGGAGAUGGAGAAAAAACAGCAUAUGCUGGUGCAGGAACAGCAGUUAUGGCAGCAGUAUGCAAGAGAUGGGAUGCAGGGGCAGAGUAGUUUGAACAAAAUGAGUAACCCCCCAGGUUACUACAACAUGGCAGCCGGACCAAUGGCCCCGAUGCCGUACGGGAUGCCUCCGAUGAACGGCAGCGGGUAUUACUACAUUCCUCAAUGAUAUCUACGCAUGCCUUUUACACACAUAUAUAUAUACUAUGUUCAUCCUGUAUUUGUAGUGUAUUUCUUUGCCUAAAUGAUAUAAUUUUUGCUUCCUUCUGCUGUUUGUGCCAGAAAUAGUGGUGUGGGAACUUUGUUUGACUGUGGACAGCUGAUAUUGUUUUAUGGCUUUUGAUAAUGGAAAUCUCAUAAAUCCCUACUCUAA